AUGCUACGUAAAUUGUGUUUGUUGUUAUGCAUUUUAAAAUUAGUUAACGCCGAUUUUUUCGUCAAUAAAAUCAAUCAUAUGGAGUAUUAUAGGAACAAAACGCGCCCUUCGAAGGCUUUUAACAGUUUCAGUACAAAUUAUUUUAAUCAGAACUUUUUGGGUGCUCACGCUAAGCCGGGAAAGGUUUUAUGCGGAACUAGAACCAUUGACUUCAACCCUGGAAGGACGGGAAAGAUAGUAGGAGGCACCGAGACACCUUAUGGAGCGUUUCCAUGGCAAGUCGAGAUCCAGAUGCUUGAUGUGGACAAGUUGAUCUUCGAGCACCACUGCGGAGGCGCCGUCAUAGCGGAACGUCUGGUGCUGUCCGCUGCCCACUGCUUCGAUAAACAACCACUACAAUUAGACCACAUAAGACUAGUGGUAGGCGAGCACCGGCUGAAGAUCCAGGACAAACACGAGCACCAGUUCUUCGCUGAGAAGGUGGUUCCGCAUCCCGACUUUAGGAAAAACGGUCCACACAGCAAUGACAUAGCAAUCAUAUUGGUGUCUAAGUCGGGUAGCGGAGUGCAGUUCAAUUCUCAUGUGAGGCCAAUCUGCCUACCCUCCAGCGAGGAGACUGCUGGCCAGUGGUGCGCCGUCAGCGGGUGGGGCUAUCAGGCAGAAGGUACAGAGACCUUCGCUCCGGUACUCAGGGCUGCUUCGGUGCCGGUUCUGGACUUGGCCACGUGUAGGCAAAGCCACGUGCUGGGUGGAAGACAGCAACCGAUUUUGGACUCCAUGAUCUGUGCCGGUAUUCUGUCGGGGGGCGUGGAUGCUUGUCGUGGGGACUCGGGGGGUCCGCUGGCGUGUCGCUCGGGGGGCCGGGCUGACGGACAGGUGGGAAGUCAGGCUGGCUGGGCGCUUCAGGGGGUCGUGUCUUGGGGGGCGGGAUGCGCGCGCAGGGCCCGCCCCGGGGUCUACACGAGGGUCGCCAGCUACAUACCUUGGAUUAGGAAAACUGCAACCAAAUUGGGACUUACUAUACCUUCGUAA